AUGUCGGCAAUCAGCCCUCCUCCGCGCUCCAACUUCACUCCCUCCUCCAGCAAACUGGAAGACCAAGCACCUCGCGCGUCUAUCGCAAAGAAGCUGACAUUGUUUGCAGCUGCUUCCGCUGCCCUGCGCGAGUCCCGGGACUCGACUCGGAAACGAAGUUCCUCCUCGGUCCUUGAUGAGGACGGGAGACUCUCUUCCGCUAGUGCCGCGCUUUCGCUGAAAUACGCACGAGCUCAAGACCUGCCGUCCUAUCCCUCUACGGGAGGGGUGAAGCUUGCCUCUGCAGGUGCAGCUGCGAGUCUCGCCGAGUCCAACAAGAAACCCUUCGAGCACUGGACUCCAGGACACAUCCCUGCAGCCAACUCAGCAGCCUCAAAGGCAAAAGAUUAUGAGAUGGAUCCCUUAUGGCGGCCCGAGUUAAGCAGGGUCGGUUCCAAAGCAGCAAUAGCGGCACACAGAGACGCUGCGCCGGUUGAGAUCUGGCGCGCGCCGGAAACGGAACAUGGUAACUCUGCUGCGGCUUCUGCAUUGCAAAAUCAGUCGUCACCACCAGCCAUAACAGAAAGACAGGUUUCAUCUGAUGGCCGGCAAAAAGCGCUCUUAGCCGCCACAAAAUCAAUGUCAAGUGGCAGGCGGCGCGCAGAGUCUGCUCCCGUGCCACCACAGCUAAAACAGGGCAACUCGGCAUGGGCUUUGAAGGCUGCAGGAUCGGUGCAUGGUCGGAAGAGAUCCGACCCGCCAUCGACGCCUUCACCCCAAUCCACCGAUUUAUUGGGCGCAGAUGCAGCAAGAGUGCAAAAUAUUGCGCGGAACAACGUUUCAAGACAAAUGUACACUUCCAAUCCUCCAGUGGCCAUCGAAGUGGAGGAGAAGAACAGACAGGAUACGCUGCGCGCAUCUGCAGUUGCUAUGGCGAGAAAGAUGUAUGCCAUUCAGCAAGCGCAAAUUGAUGAAGCGAGAGGAAUACGUCGGUCAGACAGUCAUUUCGCCGCGUAUACUGCCCGUCAGCGAGCCCAGUCUGAUGCAGCGAAUCAACCUAUACAGGAAGAGUUGCCUCGCUACGAGAAUUUAGAGGAUGCUGCCCGCAGGCUAGCGCACGAACGACUUGCAAAACUGCACGACGAGCACGCCGAGUAUCGCCAGUAUUACGGUCAGCAGUCGCCACCCAAACAGUCGCGGCUGACCCUGCGGCGCGGUCGGCGAACCUCCAACCUGCAGCGAGAUGAUGACAGCGACUCGGACGAAGAACAGUCUCGGAAGAUCAGAUCCCAGAUGUCGAUUUUCCAGAGCAAAUUAGCAGAAGUCGACAGUAAGAAGCGACAAGCCGACCGAGAUGCUUUACUCGCCAUUGCGCACAAAAAUGUGACGGCACGUAUGAACGCCAUUGAUGAGAAAGUUUUUGGCGAAACGGGCAAGGCUAGCCCUCAACAGCGAGAGUUGUGGGAGAGACAAGCUCGUGAGCGAGCUCAGCGAGAGAGCGAUGAUCGGUUGCUCUAUGCUGGCAAAGUCCACAUAGGUGGUGGCAAGUAUCUCGACCAGUCCGAGAUUGAUGCCAUCGCCAAGGCUCGCUUGCAGCCAACGCUGGACGAAAUUACCGAAAAGGCCGAACAACAAAGAGCGAGAGAUGAGGAGCUGCGAGCAGAGCAAGAGAGAAUCAAGGCUGAGCAGGAAGCCGAGAAGACCAGACUAGCAGAAGAAAAGGCCGAGCAGAAGCGCAUCCAACAAGAACAGAAACAUGAGGAGCGACGUGUCAGGAUAGAGCAGAAAGCUGCAGAGAAGAAAGCACGUGAGGAAGCCAAGGCCGCAACAGACGAGAAGAAACAGUCUGGAACGGCAAAGGGCCGUCUCCUUCCCACUUUCUUAUCUAGAGGUGGGACAGCUGGAGCCGCCGCAGGUGGUGCCACUGCAGCUGCUGUUGAGGGCACCGCACAUGCGGCGGAGGCCGCAGCUGGUACAACGGUUGGUCCCACGGUCGAGCCAGGAGAAAUCACUGGUGAUACUGUUCAUGAUCAAGUUACCUUGGACCCAGCCGAGGCUGCCCAUGCUGUGGCAAGUACUGAAAAUGAAGAGCACGCUGCACCCAAACCAGCAGGGGAAACUGGUUUUUCAGAUGAUCCAGGAUCUAAGGAGGAAGUCCGCGGUCAUCCCUACACAGAAACACAGGAACCUACUUCCCCGGGUAUACCUUCGACACUGACGUCGCCGUCGAAACGAGAUUCUAAGGUCAAAUCCUGGUUUAAAAGAUUUCGGAGCGGUAGCAAAUCAGAGAACGAGACGGACAAGCAGCCUGAAGACGAAGAAGCAGACCCAACGGCCACAACGGGUAGGACGACUGAUCCCAUUAAGAGCAUCGAGGAGGAGGAAAAGGCUGAAUCGGAUUCUGUUCGGGAUGUCGCCCUGGCUGGCCGACAGAGUGAGGCCGAGACUGACGAUAUGUAUGGAGGCUCUGCCCGGCCAGCUGAACGAGUCUCGCCGUUGCACGACGAACCUACUAGCCAUCAAGUGGUCACCAGUGGUGUGGAGCGCGAGAGAUCAAUCAGUCCGAUGUCGGGGUCGUCAGAGCUCAGUGAAGAUCCUUACGUGAUUGCUGCUGAUGUAGCAUCGUCGAGAUAUUCUGAGCAUGGGGGAUCGAAACGAGAUUCUGGUAUGGACCAAGCCGGGACAUUCUCUGAUAGUGAAGACGAACCUCGUGGCAGAAAGGGCUUCCGUGAGCGUUUCUUGAAAAAGGUCAUCCCUGGUAGACACAAGGAUGAGGAUAAGAACAAAUCUGUUGGAGAAUCUGGUGUGGUACAAGUGGAAUCCCCUAUUGCUGAAGAGACAAUCCAUGACCGGACGACAUAUAAUCCAGCAGAUGAGCCGACAACCGAGACUGAACCUUUCCGAGGAAAAGUCCAGGAGCCAUCGACGACGUCGACUGAUGGUGGAAAUACAGCCACUACAGGCGCAACAACACCGGCCUUGACACACACUCAGACCAACGGUGAUGACGACGAUUUUGAAGAAGCCCGCGACACAUUCGACGAGCAGAGACUCGGCCCACCACCCAAACUGGUAGAGGUGUCAAAAAUGGAAGCUCCUCGAUUAGUUGAUGUCGGCGGCCCAACACAGAAAAAGGGGGGUGAAUCUCCAGCUAGUAGAAACAGCAUCGGUGGUGGGAGUCGAUUUACCGAAGAAUUGUGA